AUGAACAACUCUACCAUGGAUCAGUUGAACGAGGCCCAUAAGCAGGGUGUCGUACUUGGUCUUUCUGGCUUUAGUGUACAUCAGCGCGUCGACAUCGACGUAAUGCUGAUGGAGCAGCCUGAUACCUUCAAUCUGUUCGUUAUCGCCUUGAUGGAACUCCAGGGGAAGGACAACCUGCCUUGGCAGGAUCAGAUCCCCGACGGCUUCUCCUUCAAGGAUGGUAAACAGCCGGACUUGAAGAUGUCCUGGUUUCAAAUUGCUGGCAUUCACGGGUUGCCCAAGGGCCCCUGGGAGGGCGAGGGGAAGCAAAAUGAGUAUUGUAGACAUGGCUCUGCGAACUUCGGAACCUGGCACCGUCCGUAUCUGGCAAUGAUGGAGCAAACCCUGUUCCGCCAAAUUGCCAACGUCGCCAAACGGUUCUCUGAGUCGGACAUCCCGGAUGAACAGAAGAACAAGUACCUCGCUGCUGCUCAUCAGUUUCGUCUUCCUUACUGGGACUAUUACCGGCCUCGAGGGGACAAGGUUAUCAUUCCAGGAGUUACGAACCCCAAAGAUGGUACCACCACCUCUCCCUAUGACUGGGGCGCUCCGCAAAUCUUCACACUACCCGAGAUCAUGGUCAGGCGUCUUCCAGAUAACAAACUUAUUGCUAUGGCGAACCCUUUCUUCAAGUUCCAGUUCAACAGUGAACAGAUCCAGGUUCUAGGCGUCGAUAAUAUCCCGACUCAACUGGCGUCAAUUUCAGAGACGAUUCGCCAUGGUGGAUCUAAUGAAAACGCUACCGAGAAGAUGAACAAACUAUUGAAUACAGUUCGCGAAGACCAGGUUCGCCACUGCCUCGCUAUGAUUGAAGACAAGGUUUACCAAAAUUUCGGAACGUUUUCAACAGAUGCGACCGACGAGAAUAAGAAACAGACACCGGAAAAAAUACUCGAACGACCUGCGGGAUCAAUUGAGAGUUUUCACAAUGGCUAUCAUGGAACUAUCGGAGGCCCGCCUGGAGGUGGUCCCAGAGGACAUAUGAGUUUCAUUGCUAUGGCGGCUUUUGACCCGAUCUUCUGGAUGCAUCAUUGUCAAAUUGACAGACUCUUCGCGAUCUGGCAAGCUGCCAAUGGCGAGAAACACUGGUUCAAUGAGCUUGAGCCAAAGUACCAGGGAAUAGGCAAAGACAACCUGGUACCAUUCCGCAAAUGGCCUCUCGUGGACAAGACAGACGCCAACAAUCGGUACUGGAACUCCGACCGAGCCAGGUAUACUACAGAUCUUGGUUACACAUAUCCGGAACUCGCCAAAGGACAGACAGGGGACGCGGUCCGUAAAGACUUUGCGAGAAAAUACGAAUGGAGCCGACGAACUACUGCAGAGCUCGGUUUUGGGACACCCCCAGAUGAUAUGCUGCCUUUGCAAGUCGGAAAGGCCCAGGUCUUCCAGUACUUGGACGGUAUCCCAUCUGGAGAUCUCUUGAAACAUCCUGGUUUCCCCAUGCAAAGGAUGCAACAGCAAACUGUCAUGGCCGCCAUGACAUCAACCCCGCAGUACGCCGAUGACUGGUACAUUGAUGUUGUUGUUGAGAGGCUGAUUGGACUUCACAGAAUGCUAGCUAACGGAUCUUACACCAUUUUCUACAUCAUUGGUGACAUCGAAGGACAGUCUGGUAGGGAAUGGUCGACUCUCCCUGGCUUCGUGGGUAUGUCCCACAUCCUGGCCGCGCCACGCGAAGCGUGUGAGAACUGCGCCCGUCAAGAUGAUGAAGCCCAGCUAGUGACCAGCACAACUCCGAUCACUUCACUGCUUCUCGACUACUCCCAGAUUGGAAAGUUGAGUAGCAUGGAGGCAGAUGACGUGAAGCAAUUUCUGAUUAAGAAUCUGAAGUGGCGAGUCCAGACUGUAGCCGGCGAGAUUCUCGAUCCCAGGGUCAUGUCUAGGGACCAUAAUUUCAACCUCAGCAUCAGCCGCAAGCGAACGCCAGUGCCACGCAGCGCGGGUGAAGUACAAUAUGACACUUACCCUGAUGUCAUUGAGGCUAUCAUUAGCAAUUCUUCUUAG